GCUGGUAGCGUUAGCCCCGAGAUCUCAGGCGCAGUAAAAUGAAGCGUUAUUGCCCUUUGUUUUUAAAUCGGACUGGCAGACGUUGCAUAAACCCCGAGAGCUGAUUGAUCGCGCCAAUGCAUGGUUUAAAUGAUGAAAUUGCUUAUUUUCCGGUUAUUUAUUUAAGUAUCAGCCGUUCUCAAAACAUUCUCUGGCUAGUCCGUUAGCUAGCUAGCUAACUCUUGAUUCUCCCGCGAGCCAGAAAAGCGAAGACUCCAAAACUUCGCCAACACAGAGAGCCUGACGCAGAGAAAGGUUGAUAGGUCCUGCUAACAUUAACGAUAGCUAGCGGCUGUCAAUAUGCUCACCAUCUUCAUCCAAGACCCCCCAUCAGACCUCUGAUGUAAACUGGACAAAAUAAAUCUGCAGGAGUUAUCCUCUAAAUUGAGGAUCUGCCUCAAAGUUGAGCAAAGUCCAGGUCUUUGGGCAUCAAGUCAGGUCCUACUGGCAGUCUGUGUGCUUCUCACCCACCAGCAUGUACAUUGGACAGUGGAUACCUUAGCCAAAACAAAUCCUGGCUUCCCAAAGAUGACAAGGUGCUGGCAGGUCGCAACUACAAAAUGAUGGGAGGCAGUGAGACUGUAAGUGGGGACAAGGAUGGGGUCCACACCACUGCAAUACACGUCCCCAUUGGCUGGCAGAGGAGAGUGGAGGGCGGGCAGGUGAUCUAUGUCAGUCCCAGUGGCACUGCCCUUUCCUCUCUGGACGAGGUCAAGACCUAUCUGUUGACUGAUGGCACCUGCAAAUGUGGUCUUGAGUGUCCGCUCAUCAUCCAUAAGGUUUUCAACUUCACUGUGGGAGUGAAGGUGGAGCAGCACAGCCCGCCAUUAGGCAAAGCAGAGCAGGACAUGACCAAACUGUGUAACCACCGCAGGAAAGUUGUAGCGAUGGCUGCUCUGUGUCGGAGUAUGCAGGCCUCACAGCUGCCAUAUGCCAACCUUCAUCAUCCAGAUAUGAGCACUGGAGCAGACAGCCGCGAUCCAAAGCGAGUACGCAUGGAGCGAGACGAGGAGGGCCAUGGAAUUUACCAUCCAAAGCUCCAUCCAGUCCCAGCUCGACCUCACAGCAACCUCCAUCCAAACCCCUGUGCCAGCCCCAAAUCCCCCCACCAGUUUAUUUAUCCUUACAAUGGUUCCUCCCCGGUCCUUCAAACAGGCACUAACUCUCACCAUCCCCUCGAGGCUUUGAGAAGACUUCACCAUCCUCCUCCUGUCCCUGCCUCCUCCAGCUCUCCCUCCAGCUCAUUCCCAACUUGUAGUUCUGCACAGAGGUCACCCCGCACCCCCACGCCCCAGAACGUCACUCAAGGUCAAAGAACGCCCAAAACCCCGGAGACUCCGGGUUCUCCUCGGCUAGGCCCCCUCUCUUCACCUCCUCUCUCUUCCCCGAUGACCAUGGGUGGAGGGGGAAGAGGAGCACAGACUCACCAUCCUCACGGGGUCAUUGUGGCAGGCUCCCCCCUCUCUCCGUCUCCCUCCCUCUCUCCCUCUGUCCAUAACAUGAACUGUGUGUCCCCUCACCAGCGCUCCCGCCACCCCUCAGCCUCUCCUUCCCCCCUCUCUGAUCAUGGAGGAGGCGGGCUGAUGGGAAGUAACAUGUCUCAGAGGAGGAAGUCAACCUCUUCCUCACCACACUCCCCUCUCUCCCCAAACCCCAGCCCCCACUUCCCUAAGUACAAGCUGGAAGACAUCUUGGAGCAGUUUAAGAACUCAGGCAACAGCAGCACUAAUAACCAUCACCUCCUUAUCCCUAAUAACCCCUCCUUACUGACCAACCAAAGCAGUAGCAACCCUCAUGCUCUCUCCUCCAAGCCCUCGAAGAGCACCAACAGUCCGAAUCCUAGCUCAGGACCACCAGGUUUUGAGCUGAACUCGGCAGGGCCUUCCACUUUACCCCUGGGGCCAUUUCUGAACCAACACCACAGCCAUCACAGCAAGCUGCCACACCCAGCUUCUUUCCCCGCGAGUAGCCUGCUCUCUGCGGCUGCUAAGGCUCAGCUGUCUAACCAGAUAACCCAGGGCCAGGGCUCAAAUGUGGCCAGCCACCCGGUGAGCUUGCCCUCUCCACUGGAGGUCUUGAAAGAGGCACAGCAGCAGCCGUCAUCAAAGGUAACAAACAGCACUUUACAUAACAGCCACCCUCCCUCCUCCAUCGCUUCUUCUAGGCCUCCCCACCCCUCCCUUGCAUCAGCCUCCUCCGUCCUCUUUCCUCCAUCCCACUCUCUGGCCCAGUCCCUGGCUUCCUCCUUGCCCCACCUGCCUCCCACAGGAGAGCGCAAUGCAUCGCACAGGAAGAGGCAGCGGCGAUCACCCACAGUGCUCAGCAUGCUAAGAGACACCCAGCAGCUGGCUAAUGGGCCACGGAAGACCCCACCAGGAGAUGCCGUUUCUGCUACAGCUAUCAACCUGUCCUCCUCUUCCUCUUCCUACCCCUCUUCCUCUUCGCACUCGUCCUCUACCUCAGCUGUGCAGAACCAGAAUGCUGUCAUGUUAGAAAACCAUCAUCAUCUGCUCCCUGGGCAGACGCCAAGGCUCCCUGCUGCCCGUCAGAUAGCACAUCUUUCCAGGCUUCCUCGUCAAAAUGAGGCUCUGGAUUUCACUACACACCUGACACCUACACCUCUCAACUUGGAUUCUCAGACCCAGCCUCUGUCUGCUCUGUUACACCUGCUCAGUGUCCAGAAUGCACAGGCCACAGCCUCAGCCUCAGCAUCACACUCUGUUUCAGCUCAGCCAGGAUCUUUGUCUAUGGAAGGAGGUGGACACACUAAUAAACACAGCCCCAGACUGUCGCCCUCUUCACCCACCCCUCAUUCCAUCACACACCGACAGACUCAGUCACCGUGCCGAACCAGUAACACUAAUCCUUCACCCUCGGCACCACAGCCGCUCUCUCCCCCUCCCAGUUCUUCUCAGUUCAGAUCAGUGCAGUCUCCAUCACAUCCUCGGUCUACUAAAUCCAGCCCUCUACAGAGACAUUCACCUUCUUCUACAAUGCUACCCAACUCAAAUUUAGCUUUACACAACAGCAGCAGCCCAUCGCAGCACAUGUCCCCGAUUUCCUCAGACAAGCAUCAGCCAACUGAGAAUCAUAUUUCUACAAUAGACUCUGUUUCCCAGUCACCAUUGCAGGACGUCUCACCACAGGGCACUGAGGACAUGAGUCAUUCUCAAGGCAGUGCUUCUGUGGCGAUAUCCAGCUCCCCGAAGCCUCUUGAUCUUAGCAAUCAUGUCCUGGCCCUUCUCGCAGCAUCUUCCACUGUGCCCCAGGGGGAGGGCUACUCUUCUGACCGUACCACUGAUGCUGCGAUGUCUUCCCAAGGAAAUCCCACUGCAGAGCCAGAGGAGCCUCAAUGUGUAGACCCGAAGGUCUCCAUAGUGACCAAAUCUCCAGCAGACACCAGCCCCGGGCCCCCUGUCUCUUCUCGUCUUGGGGACAAUCACAGUCCUCAUACACCUUCAGCUGUGGGUGACUCAACCACUCCCUUACCUCUGGCAGAGGCCUUCCCAUUCAUGAACCAGGAGCAGCUGCUGCAGCUGCUGUCAUCCACAGGUGGUCUACCAUCCCUCCUGGACCCUACAGUCCUGGCUUCAUUGCCCCUUGGGGGGCUGUGGUUGGGAGGGCAACAUGCACAGAUGCCCCCUGCCAGUGCUACACCACAGAAUCUUGCAGAGCAGCAGCAGUCAGAGCAGCAGCAGUCAGAGCAGCAGCAAUCAGAGCAGCAGCUACUGAUACACCAUCAAGAGACACAUCAGCAAAACCAGGAUCAACAACAGAAGCAACAGCAGAUAAACAAUAACCCUCUGUUUCCCCUGUUGCCCUUGUUGAGUGGUGCUCAAGGGGAUCUGCCUCUGAACCUUUUGGGCCUUUUGAACCCACUCCCUGCCCCACCCUCUACCCCUACCCAAGGACAGGAAGCUGAUUUAGGUUUAACAGAAAAACCUAGCCUUCAGGCUCUGCUUAUGGCAUCCUUGUUGCUAGGGCAACAGCAGGCGCCUUUGUUACCUCUAUCUGGGCUGGGUCAGUUGAGCCAGGUCAGCUUAGAAGUUCCUCUCCAGCAGCCACAGCAGAUCCCCACCACACUGGAGGGUCUCACCCUGGAUAAGACCUCUGGCCUCCUGGAUCCAUCAACCCUGCCUGGCCCAGGCAUCCUGGAGAUUGUCCAGGGCCUUCUUUCCAUUCCUCCAGGAGCUGAGGGCUCUGUUCAAGCCCUGCAGUCUCUGCUCUUUCCUGCCACUCUUCCUCCUCCCCCCGCAGCCUUCCUGCCCCUCAGCCCUGCCUUGCUCACUGCUGCCCUGAGCUCUGCCGAGCUCCACCCACCUCCCCACACCCAUUUAGCUCCUGCACAGCAAACCCAACAUACCCAACCUCAGGUAUCUACUGAUGCUGGUGUUGACACCCUCAUCCCCCUAUCUCUGCAAGGCAAGGACAACCCCAUCCUCCAACAGUUACUGCCCACUCUGCUUAACCCUGCUGUAUUAGGAGAUCUUUCUGCCAUCACGGGCCUCAAUAACAUGUUGGGUAUUGGAGCAGGUUCAAUCCUCCUGCCUUCGGUCCAGACCUCUGCUUUGGGCAUGCCUCUGCUGCAGGGUCCUGAUGGAGCAAUCAACUUGCUUAACAAUUUACAGUUAAACCUUGCACCACCCCCAGAAGGAGAGAAGCCAGUCUCAUUGCAGGAAUCUCUAAGCCCUGCCCCACAGGAAGACAUUCCAGCCAGUCAGAUGGCUCCCCAAGUGGUUCACAGCCCUGUUCCAGCUCAAGCCCCUGCCCGAGAACCCACUCCACCCCAACAGCGAGUUUCUGAGGGCAGGUCUGUUAUUGAUCCCUACACCUCUUUCAUGGACACUAUUUAUACCUCCUUCCUUCAAGUCAGUGCUAAAGAGCAAGAAGACAGAGCCCACAUGGGGCCAUCUGACCCCACUUCACCCUUCUGUGCCUUACCGCCGGUUUCUUUCCCUUUGGAGCACCAUACUCCGUCCACCCCUGUCCCAACCCUGCCCCAGGCAAGCGCCCCAGUUUCCCUCAGCCCACGCCGGGCCUGUUCCCUUCGCAACCCAGACUUAUCCCGACUCUGCCUGGAAGCAGCAGCUCAUUCCCCAGCCCAGGGGACUCCCAAACCCACUGAGGAUGGCUCUACGCCACCCCUGCAAAGGAAACCAGUCAUGGUGGAUGGACAUACUCAUCCAGAGCCUCCCCUGCCCCCUAUAUACUUGGAGGAGGCUAAGACAGACUGUACUGGGCCCGCUGCGGCUGUGUGCCCCUAUGUGGAGGCAGGGGUGGAUAGGCAGGGGCAUCUUCCCCAUGCAGGGUACCUCAGUCCCAGGGAUGGAUGCAGUGGGAGGCCCAGUGAGGAGACGGCUGGGACAUUACUGCACACGGAGCAGGGAAGGGAUCAAGCGGGGGCAGCGGGUGGAGCCAGAAGAGGAAGGAAAAGGAAACAAACGCUACAGAAUGUGUUAGAGGACUUCAGAGACAUGGAUGCUACAGCACUAGAGGAAACCAAGGCUACGACGGCACUGCUGAAGCCUGAGAGAUCAGUCCGCGGCAGGAGGCGACGGGGCGCCAGGUCUCAGAGGCAGUGAUUGGUGGAGGGAGCUGUAAGUCAGAGCUGUUCACCAAUUGAAAGGCGGCCAGACGCCUCUCUACCCCCCCCCCUCCAUCUCUCCACCAUCAUCACCACUGUUUAGACCUUUCUUUUUUUUUUUUUAAUUCAACUGCACUAAUAUUAUGCCGUUGUCAUGUCAACCAUUGUUAUGGCAACCACUAUGAAAUAAACACAUAGGAGAAAGAUCUAGUCUGAGAAAUUAAUUUAUAAAUGUGGGGGGAAAAAAAUGUAAGAGAAAUGUUGCGGAUGCUUUUUUCACUUAGGUCUUCUCUUAGGUCUAGUUCACACAAUAAUGGUUGCUUGACAUUGUGAUCAGAGAAAUCUGUUAAGUAUGGUUGGUGUUUGAAUUAUAUCAAUGAGAAAACAAAAAAACAAACAAACAAGAGUACUGUUUAGUUCUCAUCAGUGUGUAACUGUGAGUCAGGAUAAAGCCCAUCUACUUGAACGAUGCUCUCUGUUGAAAGUGUGUCUAUCCGUGUGUGGAUGUGUGUGUGUCUUUUUACGUGUCUGAGUGUGUGUUGGACAACAGUGCUAUUGCUGAGCCCCUCGCUGGUCCGACCGUUAGUUGAAUUUAUUUUCAUUGUAGUAAACGAGACCCUGUCUGUUUGUAAGAUAAAGGGCUCUUUGCAGAGACACACGGCGGUUCUAUUUCAACAAAACAUUCUGAAAGGUUUUCAGAGGUGCUGGGAGGGAAUGUAAGAAGGAACAGACUUGAUUUUUUAUUUUUAUUUUAAUUUUUUUCCCAUUCACAGUGUAAGGUAACCUCUAUAUGGGACAAGCCAAGGAAAUAAUGUGGUUCAGUGUAUCAGGUUUCUUCACACUCUUAAGAAAACAACUUUUUAUCAUGAUUCCACAUGUCCAGUGAGAUGUUCCUUUAAUGGUUUGUGCAUCACUAAUAAUUUUAUGAACUGAGAAAAAAAAUGAAGUUCUUUUGUAAAUCUCUCUGAAUCAUGUCAUUACACGUAAUACAGGUCAGGAAAAUAAAGUGCAACAGACAAACAUCUAGUUUUCACCGUUCGCAGGGUCCUUAACAGAUCUGUAACAAUUCUGAAGAACUGAACAAAAAAAAAAAAAAAAAAAAAAAAAAGCAUUUCACAUGCUGUGUCAUUUGUUGCUGUGAAGAAUUACGUGUAGCUGUGGUGUGAUGGAGACUAUUUAAUAUCUGUUCACCUGACACCCACCCAGUCUUUCUGCCCGCCAGCCAGGAGAUAAGUGUCUGGACAUGAAACAGGGUUAUUUGCAGGAAUCCUGAGUAGAGUACAGUAUGUCCUUUGAUUGGUUUGAACGAAUGGCUGGAAAACUGAAACACAGAGUGAUUAUGUCUUAACGUGGAUCUGUUAAGUCUGUUUGUUACUGUGGAUUUGGAGUGAUAUCCUCCGUCUGUCUCCUCAUGUCACUGUUUUGAGCUCUCCUCCAAACACUGCCCUGCCCUAAGAGUACUGGCAUCUCUAGCUGUAUUUAAAAAAAAUUAAAACCAACAAAAAAAAAAAGAAUAAAGAAAAGUGAAAAAGAAAGCAGAUUAUGCAAUUUCUACACUUGGAGAUUUGUACAUAUGUACAGUUAAUGUGUUUUAUUUUGAUUUUAUAUUGUUAGAGAAAGAGACAAGAGAGAAAACGAUGAAUUGUGAAUUUUUCUGGGAAUUGUAAUUAAGUAUUUUUCUCAUUCUACCCCUUGCUUUCAAUACUUAUGUUUGAAAAGAGGAUUAAAUUGUGGACUGUAGCUUUCUUUUUUUAUAUGGGAGUCUUUUUUUAUUUAAUAUUAAACAAUUUACA